AUGAACUCCUUCAAGGCCGCCUCGGUCCUGUCUCUCUUCACGACCAUCGCUGCUGCCUGGCCUGCCUCCCCUGCUUGGAACAGCACAUCCUCCUCUACUGGCUAUGCCUGUAAUCCCGCUCAUUCUUACCCCGGUGGUGCUUCUUGCAUUUCCACCGCUGGCUCCUUGACUUUGGUCACUCCUACUGCUUGGACCACCUCCACUACUGUCUACACAACCGACUAUGUCACCUACUGCCCUACUCCUACUGUAGUCACAAUCAACAAGCAGACUAUCACUGUCACUAAGGCCACCACCUUGACCGUUCCUUGCCCCACAACUGCAGUAGUCACUAAGCCCGUCCUUGCCGGACCUACUGGUACCGCUCCUGCUCCCAGUGCUACUGCAUCCAGCUGUGUUGCCAAGUACGACGCCUGCAGAACUACCCGCGUCAACGGCCUCUCUGCCAACCAGGCUCAGUGUGCUGCCGACAACGCUGCCUGCCAGGGAGCUUGCUACGCCGCCUACAACACUUGCAGAACCACCCGUGUCAACGGACUCUCCGCAAACCAGGCACAAUGUGCCUCUGAGUACGCUGGAUGUCUUGGCGAGAACCCCUUCACGGAGGGUUACUCUACCCUGCCUGGCGCUCCUGCUUCCACUGUCUGGACUACCUCCACUACUGUCUACACAACCGACUAUGUCACCUACUGCCCUACUCCUACUGUAGUCACAAUCAACAAGCAGACUAUCACUGUCACUAAGGCCACCACCUUGACCGUCCCUUGCCCCACAACUGCGGUUGUUACCAAGCCAGUCCUUGUUGGGCCCACCGCUAGCUCCGCUGCUCCUUCUAUGCCUGCUGCUUCUAAGCCCGCUGGCUCAAUGCCCGCUGCUUCUAUGCCUGCUGCUUCUAUGCCUGCUGCUUCUAUGCCUGCUGCUUCUAUGCCCGCUGCCUCCAUGCCUGCAGUUGUCUGCCCCCCUGCUCAGACCGUCACUGUUACUCAGUACGUUACUGUCUCGAUGGAGAGCCCUAAGGCCCCUGUCAGCGCUCCUGCCACCACCCAGAAGCCUUCCAGCGCCCCCUCAGCUUCGGCCUGUGCCACCGCCCUAUGCCCUUUACUAAUCAAACUCGAAAGGUUUGACGGCUGCAACCCUGCCCGUAGCAGCUGCCCUAACGGACCUGGAACCUUCACCACUGUUACUCCUUCCACCUACCCUACCAGCUAUGUCAUCAACGGCCAGACUGUCUCCUUCACCGCCGCUCCUACCUCAUGCCUUCCUUCCUCCUCAGCUGCCAUGAGCUCCAAGCCCGCUUCAUCCGCUCCUGCCUCCAAGCCCGCUUCCUCUGCUCCUGCAUCUUCCGCCCCUGCUUCCAAGGCUUCCAGCGCCGUACCCGCUCCUUCUGCUUCCGCCGCUGGCAAGUGCCCUCUUGACCUCAAGGCUGGCGCUUACGAGUACCCCCACGCUCUCCGUGUCAACGGUGUCAACGGCUACAACAUCGUUGUUGGCAAGGACAGCAAGACUGACGUUGUCUUCGACAUUCCCCAGGCUGAUGCUGGCAAGACAUGCAACACUUACUUCUCCCUCCCCGCUAAGUCUGGUCUCGUCACCUCUGACUACACUUUGUCUGGUGCCGGUGUUAUCACUGUCUCCAAGGGUGGCAAGGUUGUCAACACCUUCACUCCCCAGCCCAACAAUGCCUACCUCAUUGAGUCUGGCAAGUGCGCCUCUGGCCAGGCUGUGACCUACACCUUCAGCACCAGCGACGCCCUUCAACUUAAUGCGUUCAACGAUUAUAACGCUUGUGCUCUCGGUGCCUUUGUCACCGUUGCUUAA